AGUCUCAGUGUUGUGUGUGGGUGUCGUGUUUUCAGCUGUCGUGUGUUUGUGUGUUUUUGUGUAACACGCACAUGCACACACAGAUGGAGUCGAACACUGUUUACGGAGCUUCUCUGGCCGGAUCGGGAUUUGAUCUCGUUAAAUUCAUCAAACAACCUCAAACUAUCACGCGAUUCUUCAGCUGGGUGUUCGCCAUCGUGGUAUUUGCCUCAAUAACAGCUGAAGGUUACGUGAACCCCGUCAAUGAAGACACCACCAAGUGUGUCUUCAACCAGAGCGAUGGUGUCUGUCAUUAUGGUGUGGGCAUCGGGGUCAUCGCCUUCAUGGCGAGUGCAGCUUUCUUAUUGGCCGACGCUUUCCUGCCUUCGAUGAGCAACGCCCAGGAGAGAAAAUACGUUGUGAUGGCUGAUCUGGGAUUUUCAGGUUCCUGGACGUUCCUGUGGUUCGUGUGUUUCUGUCUGACUGCAGAUCAGUGGUCAAAGACUGUCGAUACACAGGGCAUCCCGACGGACGCGGUUCACGCUGUCAUCGCCUUCUCAUUCUUCUCCAUCGGCUCAUGGGGUGCAUUGACUUAUUUCGCUCUGGCGAGAUAUCGUCAGGGUGUCAAUGACGUGACCCAGAACUAUCCCGACCCGUCUCCCGAUCAAUCCACGCCUUACCCGACCACAUACGCUCCCCCCACCUAUCCGUCCUUCCAAAACAACAGCAGUCAAGACGUCUUCCAGCAACCGCCCUUCGUACCAAACAACAAUCCGGACGGGCAGAGCAGCUAUCAACCACCCACCUACUGACAGGAAAUGGAAAACAGGAAAUCCAUGUCACGUAACACAUGAUGUAGGCGGAGCCUCAACAGACAGCCAAUAGGAGUGUUGACUGCUAAAGAUACUUGUACAGUUUUGCUAAAUGUGAAAUCAGAUUUGCACUUAAGAGAUUGAAAAUGAAGAAUUCAGUGCCUAACUACUGACGGGUCUACGGAUCAGACGGUGCAAUGUUUGUGUGUUGUGUUUCCUGGCUGAAAUGACAGCGACGUUUUUUGUUUUCAGUAGGAAUGUGGUGUGUUGGACAGAAACAGACGAACACUUUGUGUUCAUGACAAUGACCCAGUUAAUGAACGACCACAGAAGAACACUGUAUGAGUAUCACAAAUGUGCUACAGCUAUCAGAUUUGGCUUAUCAGCUUUUGAAAAUGGAGGGAAAUAAAAGCAGUUUUGGUUGUGAAUGAGGUCGGUGUGUUUAUGUGAACAAUAAGAAAGUUUCAGAUCCACUUCAGUUGUAUUUUAAAGAAGGUUUCGUUUGUCUGGAAAACAUUAGUGAUAGGAACACAGAUGAGUUACAGUGGAAAUACUGAGCCACAUCAAGUUAUUGUGAUGCUGAUCUCUGUGGGACGGCUUUCUAAAAAUUCACGACUCUGUUUCUGCACAACCCUCAUUUAACACUGCAUUGGAAAAACUUGCAGUACUUAAAGGUGCAGUGUGUACAUUUAAGGAGGAUCUAUUGAGAGAAAUGCAAUAUAAUAUGCACAGCUAUAUUUUUUGUGAUGUAUAAAGACCUUACACAAUGAACGUUAUGUUUUUAUUGCCUUAGAAUGAGCCGUUUCGAUCUACAUAUACCAUGGGUCCCCUUACAUGUAAGUCGCCAUUUUGCACCACCAUCUUUCUACAGUAGCCUUAAAAGGACAAACUGCUCUACUGAACGUUUUACUGGUGUCUCAGACGAUGACAUGUUUGUCCUAUAGGGGCUAUCGUAGCUUACGAUAAAGUGAUUUUUGAAAGGGAGGAUGAGCUGUGGACUGAGCUGUUGGUUUGCAAUUUUCUAUUUCACCACUAGAUGCCGCUAAAAUCUAAACACUGCACCUUUAACAAACAAAAUAUUUACAUCUAGAGAUGCACUGAUAUGAAAAAUUUCCACCAAAACCGAUAGCCAAUGCCUAUGGUUUGGUGGUUAUAUUAACUUGCAUUGACUAAAUUCAGAAAAUGAUAUUUUCUGACUUAUUCAUUCAUAUAAUGACCAUUGAUAUUGAACAUUAAACUAGUGAUGCUUCUUUACAUUUUCUAUACACAGAGAUCAAAUUCAUUGCAUUUUCCUGUUUUGUUUUGAUUGACAGGAUAUAUUUUGACAUGAUACAUUUUUGGCUGAUAUAUUGAUGCAUCUCCAUUUACUUUUACUUUUUUUUCAUUCAUGUGUGACCUUGUCUGUGAAAUUAAUGAGAUUUUGAGCAUCCAAGUUUGAUUGACAUGAUCUUACUCAGUAAAUAUAAAAGACAUCAAGAUUAUACACUAGUCAACAUUUGAAGUGGAUUAAAACCAAAAAGUUGUCUUUGAUGAACGGUUUUGAGCCACUUUAAAUGUUGACAAGUAUAUUUUCACAAAAUCGUAAUGUUUUUUAUGUAAGGUAGGACGAUUUGAUGUUGAAAUAAUAAAAAAAAGAC